AUGGAGCCCUUCCUCAGGAAGCGGCUGAACUUCCUGUCCUUCUUCUGGGACAAGAUCUGGCCUGUGGCCGCGCCAGACGAUGGCGUCCCGGGGUUCCCCGACCCUGCGGCCAGUGCUGAGCCAGAGCCCCCCGCCACAGAGCCCUGCAGCCCCCCAGCGCCCACGAAGCUCUUCCAGGUGCUCUACGACUUCAGGGCGCGGUGCUCAGCCGAGCUGAGUGUCAGCCGCGGGGACAGGCUCUACGCCCUCAAGGAGGAGGGCGACUACAUCUUUGCCCGCAGGCUCUCUGGCCCGCCCAGUACUGGGCUGGUACCCAUCACCCACCUGGCCAAGGCCACCCCGAGGACGCUCUCAGACCACCCCUGGUACUUCAGCGGCAUCAGCCGCGCCGGGGCCCAGCAGCUGCUCCUGUCCCCAGCCAAUGCACCGGGUGCCUUCCUCAUCCGGCCCAGUGAGAGCAGCCACGGGGACUACUCGCUAUCUGUGCGCGCGCAGGCCAAGGUCCGCCACUACCGCAUCUCCACGGCCGCCGGCGGUCUCUACCUGCAGAAGGGCCGCCUCUUCCCCAGCCUGGAGGAGCUCCUUGCCUACUACAAGGCCAACUGGAAGCUGAUCCGGAACCCACUGCUGCAGCCCUGUGUGCCCCAGAAGCUCCCCCAGCAGGACGAGUGGGAGCGGCCUCACUCCGAGUUUGCCCUGCAGAGGAAACUGGGUGAAGGCUACUUCGGGGAGGUGUGGGAAGCCCUGUGGCUUGGCUCCACACCAGUGGCGGUCAAGGUCAUUAAGUCAGCCUACAUGAAACUCGCAGACCUCAGCAAGGAGAUCCAAACACUCAAGAGCCUGAAGCAUGAGCGUCUCAUCCGGCUGCACGCUGUGUGUUCCAUGGGCCAGCCCGUGUACAUCGUCACCGAGCUCAUGCGCAAGGGCAGCCUGCAGGCCUUCCUGGGGAGCCCUGAGGGGCGGGCCGUGGGCCUGCCUCUCCUGCUGAGCUUUGCCUGCCAGGUGGCUGAGGGCAUGAGCUACCUGGAGGACCGGCGCAUUGUGCACCGCGACCUCGCGGCCAGGAACGUGCUCGUGGGCGAUGACCUGGCAUGCAAGGUGGCUGACUUUGGCCUGGCCCGGCUGCUCAAGGAUGACAUCUACUCCCCAAGCAGUGGCUCCAAGAUCCCUGUCAAGUGGACAGCGCCCGAGGCAGCCAACUACCGCAUCUACUCCCAGAAGUCGGACGUCUGGUCCUUUGGAGUUCUCCUCUAUGAGGUCUUCACCUAUGGCCAGUGUCCCUAUGAAGGACUGAGCAACCACGAGACCCUGCAGCAGGUCAUGCGAGGGUACCGGCUGCCACGCCCAGCCUCCUGCCCGGCGGAGGUCUACACGCUCAUGUUGGAGUGCUGGAAGGGCAGCCCCGAGGAGCGGCCGGCCUUCGCGACGCUGCAGAAGAAGCUGAAUGCGGCCCAUAGGCGCCUCGCCCCUGCCCACACGUGACCUGGGGCGCUGGACACAGGGGCUGGGGCCGCUCCUCCCUGCCCGGCAUGUCCCCCCAGGAUGAGGCUGGCUGUCGACCCAUGCAGGGGUGCCAGCGGCCUGGAACGGCCUCUGGUUGUGGGCCUCGCACCCUGACACGCGUGCUGACCAGCACACACGUGUGCGCGGAAGACAGACACACGCAGACACCCACUCAGGAGGGGCAGGUGUCCCUGGCCAGGGAAGAUCUCGGCAUAGCAGUCGGGGUGGGACCUGUAUGGAUUCUGGCCUCGGGGAUUUGCUGGACAGAGAAGCCCUGAGCCUGGUCCACGGCCCCCUGCCCACACCUGCAGCCCCGGGCAGCAGCCAGAGACAGGGCUCCCCGGUUUUCUGCCAAGUCCCCCGUGGCUGAUGCUGGGAAGGCAGACCCCGGG